UGAAAUUAUGAUUAUUGUAAUCAACCAAUGAUCAGAUUACAACGAUAACUGUGACUGCUUGUUGUGGUAUAAAUACAGGAACGGAAAGUCAGUUACCAUAAGAAGAUGGUCUACUUCACAUACAGCCACGUGGCUUUCGUCACUCUGUUGGCAUUCGCAGCCAUACAUUCAGUCGAAUCGUUGAAUGAAACUGAAAUUACAGGGAGGCUAAAAUUAAUUGCAGGUAAGAAUUAAUAACGUUCAUAUUACAUGUGGUUAUUAAUCUACUUGAGAAUUUGUCAAAUCAUAAAAAGGGAAUAACGAAAGUCUUACAAUGAUCGUUGUAGCCAUGGUCUUCCUGGACGAAUCGAAAAUUGUUAUAAUAUCAUUAAAGAGAGUGUGGAGAAUGAUUGGCGUACCUGACUUUCCUUCAGAAGCUAUUUCCAAUGUGUAUUAUCCAUUUGCACUCAGUCAUCUUACGUCACAUAUAACAAUUCAUUCUAAAUAUUCUCGUCUCCUCACAGAUGAAUUACCCGGAGUCAUUUCAGAGCUCAAAGCUGCUGAAGGGAGAGUACAAAAUAUUACAGCCAAGAUUCUUAGUCAGAAGGCAAGCUUACGAGGAGAAUUAGAAAAGUAUAUGGACUGUCUGGAAACUGCAUACAAAUACAAGUGGGGAAAAAUCACAUUUGAAAAGAUCGGAAACUAUAUCUACUGCGAUUAUGAAGGUGCGUGGGAUGACACAAGACAUUGUUGCCAUCAACAAGCUGCAGCAUAUUAUGAAAAAAUGAAAGCGUUUCCUGUAGACGAAUGUCGCAAAAUUCUACCUCCAGCGAAUCAACAAGAUCUGAAGGAACUGAAAGAACAAAUCGAAGGAGUAUUCUACCAUAACCACUUGUUUAGCAUUGAAGUUUGUGAGUUCAUUUUUUCUGUAUAAUUAUUAGUCAGUGUCUAUCUAAUAUCAGUUAUCAUACGAACUCAGUGACAGAUAACAAUCCUUUUAACUGAUCAAUUCAACUUUCCCAAUAUGUUUCAUCAUUUCUAGUUUACACGAACUCUUGCACAACCUUGUUGAAGUUGUUGACAGGAAAGUGAAGAGGGAAGUACCAGGAUGAAUGCCAAAGUCAGCGUAUUACUGAACACAUGUAGAAUGUAGAAGCUUUCGUAAAUAUUUUUUUUUGAAUUAAAUUAAAUAAAUCACUCAUCUGCUA